GGGUUCUGUGGUGAAAGGUGUCAAAGUCAGAUGUUUGUCAUAUUUAGAGUGUUAUUAUUAAUUUAUAGAUAAAUAAAUAAAAAUAUGCAAAUGAUAAAAAUAGUAUCUUGUUACUUGUGAUAAAAUAAUAAUAAUCUUUUAUAUAGUGUAUUGUUUUUGUUACAAUUAUAUGAAAUGUUUGUUGAUCAAGGUUAUUGUGUAUCUGGCUCAUUAUUAUGCUAAAACUGAUGUCGGUUGCUGUAACCACACCACCCUUAUCACAAAAGUCAAAUAAUGCUGAACAAUUAUUAAAACAACUGUUAGAAUGUGUACAGGAUUGUCAAAAACGAUUCGGUGGGAGAACAGAGCUUGCUACGGAGUUUGAAAGUUGUGUAGCUGGUCUUUGUAUUACUUUAGAAACUGUUUUACUUUUUGGUUUAAAGCAUAAAAGUCCUCUUAAUCAAAGCUCGGCCAUUAAACAAGUUUCUGAAAUUGUUGCAAACACUUUAAACAUUGGAAACGAAAGUCCUUCUUUCUGGCCUUUUAUAUACAGUCAUCUAACAAAACAUGAACAAGAUCGUUAUGAUUUAUUAAAACAUAUUUGGACAGAUACUGGUCGAGCAAGAGCCUGGAUUCGUUCAUCUCUGAACGAAAGAUCGUUAGAAAGGAACUUUCAUACUAUUUUAAGUAAUCCUAAUACUUUGAAAGAAUAUUAUGAGCCUUGGUCUAUACUUAGAGAUGAAGAAAAGAAUAGCAUGUUGCCUACUAUGGCAGCAGGCUUAAACUCUAUAUUAUUCGCUAUAAAUAUCGAUAAAGCCGAACUUAAUAGCGGUGUGAGUUUGAGAAGAGAAACUAUCAAGUGUAAAGUAGAACCUAUUAUAGAGGCUCCCAUACCAGAAAAUAAAGGAAAGUCUUUACAGAAAAAGAAAAAAAAGGUCGCUCGUCAAUUUAUAUCGUUCGAAGAGGAUGACAGCAACCUCUCAACAAGCGUACCUUCAAGUAGUAGUAGCACCACCUCGGAUUCUACGUCUCUAAGUGAUAAUAAAACCAAACAAAUCUUGUUGAAUCAAAUAGACGAAGAGAAAUUGACCAAAUCUCCUGGGAAAAUGGAAAAUAAUAUAGGAGAGCAAAUACCUAAUAUACAAAGAUCGCUAUCGAUAGAAAAUAGUGGUUCUAGAGAAAAAUAUUCCACAGUUGUACCUGAAAGUUUAACUCCUGUUACUCAAGAAGAAAUUGGUGAGCUGACUCCAGUGUCUGUUGAAUUGAACAAACAUUUCGAUUCUCCAGAAAACUCAGAUGAAAUUAUAGAGCUCCCGACUGAUAUAAGUGCUGUGUUAAGUGCAGUGGAAACAAAAAAUAAAGAAGAAAUAGAGAAAAGGGAGGAAAAAAUUCUGUUGCUUUCCAAAGAAAAUGAUUCGCUUAAAGGGCAAUUAAAAAAAUAUAUGAGUGCUAUUCGAAUGCUUAAGAGUAACGAUGAAGAGAUAAGCGAUAUUCUAGAUGAAUUGGAAAUUGAAGCUCAACCGAAUUAUAAAGUUGAAGCUAAGAUGUUUGAGCAUAAGUUAGUUCAGGUUGCGGAAAUGCAUGCAGAACUAAUGGACUUUAACGUAAUGCUUCAACAAUCACUCUGUCAAAAAGAGAUGCUGUUGGAAAGGCUCAGAGUUGAAUUGGGAAAAUUGAGAGGACCAAUGCCUUCUGAUGAAAUUGACGUUGAAAAAAACAUCGGUAGUGUCAGUAUCUGGGUACCUUCAGCAUUUUUAACAGGUAACGGUUCAAAUUCUCAUCACGUUUAUCAAAUUUUUUUGAAAGCCGGAAACGACGAAUGGAACAUAUAUAGGCGGUACGCCCAAUUUCACGCAUUACAUUCAGACCUGAAGAAAUUAGAUCCCGUUGUAGGAACAUUCGACUUUCCACCGAAAAAAAGCCUUAGAAACAAGGAUUCUGCUUUGGUGGAAGAUAGAAGGAAACGAUUCCAGAUAUAUUUGCGUCGAAUAAUUGCCCAUUGGCCUGAAUUAGCUCAUUGUAAUAGUAGAUUUCUAUUAGAACAGCAUUUAUCAUUUUUUAAGGAUAAAAGAGAGGAUCUUCUCAAUGUGAAUAAUACGAAUACUUCUAGAAGAAAUAUUGUAUCGCAAAUCGAUAAUCAUUCAGGACUUUGAUAUUUUUUAUUUUAGAUUUUGAUUUUUUUUUUUAAUUUAAUUUGAGAUUAUCUAUGAAAGUAAGGGCAGAAAUAAAUAUAUAUAUUUACAUAUAAUAAAGUUAUAUACUCAUUAUGUAAAUUUAACAUUUUUUUUAUUGAAAAUAUUUUGUUAAUAAUUAUUAUUUCUAUAAAUUGUUAGUUUAGAAUUUUAUAUUAAUUAUAAUCAAAAAUUCGUGUCUGAUAUUUGGGCAUUAAAAAGUGUACGGGUUGCUUUCAAUAAGCAUCGUUUUAUAUACUGACAUUGGUUUAAUUAAAGGUUAUAAUGAAUUAGAUUUUUAAUAUUUUGUUUAUACUUUGUAAAAAAUAAUGAUGAUAAUAAAAAAUUUACGAUAUCAAA